GUCUCAGGUUUCCCGCUGAUUUUCCCAAAAAUGACGGCGUCUUGCGCGCCUCGCCGCGCGCCUUGCCAGGCACCUCCCGGCCGCCCAGAGAGUCCCCCUUUUCCUUGGUGCUGCGGCGGGAUUCUUUUGCUGUCUUUAGUGCUCCCGUUGCCCAUAUUCUCCGGUCCCUGUAUUGACCCACCAGUAAUGGAGAGUAUGAAGCUCAAGGGUGUCAUUAAACGCCAUUAUUAUUCUGGGGACAGAAUAAACUAUGAGUGUCGCAUAGGAUACUUUUAUGUGUGGCCUUAUCUCCUCUCAUCUACUUGUGAGCCUAAUGGCUCAUGGAGCCCUAUUGAAGAAGCAUGUUUAAGAAAAUCAUGUCCAAAUCCAGAAAUAAAGCAUGGUGAAGUAUAUGCCCCAAAUAAAACCUUUGAGUUUGAAUCAGAAGCUCACAUUUCUUGUAAUGAGGGUUAUUACUUAAGAGGAAAAAGCAUUCUAACUUGUAACCGUAUUGGAGGGAAUGUGCAUUGGAGUGAUAAGAUACCACAUUGUGAAAAGAUUUUUUGUGGACGACCUCCAGAAAUAAAACAUGGAAAACACACCAAUAGCUACAGGAAUAUAUUUGAAUAUAAUGAAUUAGUAACUUAUAGUUGUAAUCCUUCAAAUGGAUCAGAUGAAUAUUCGCUUGUUGGAGAGAGACAGCUUAUUUGUUCUGGACCUGGCAAAUGGAGUAGUGCUGCUCCUCUGUGUAAAGUGGUCAAAUGUGAACGUCCAGUACUCGAACAUGGAAUAAUGGUAUCAGGAAGUAGAAAAAAAUUUUCCUACCAAGCAGUGGUGAUAUUUGAAUGCCUCCAGGGUUUUUACCUUAAUGGCAGCAACCUAGUGUUCUGUGGUGGUAAUAAUACUUGGGAGCCUGAGAUGCCAAAGUGUAUUAAAGGUUACAAGCCUACUCAUCCAACCAAGACUCCACUUGCAAAAUAUCCAGGAUAUCCCAAUCCCAGCAAUGAAAUACUAUCACUUGAUGACUUUGAGGAUUUAGAUACAGGAAUCAUUGCUCUGAUUAUUCUUACUGCAAUUGUUGCUGUUGUAGUAGUUUGUACCUGCUUAUACAGAUGUCUUCACAGUGAGAGGAAAGAGGAGAAGGAUAUGAAAAAGAAGGAGAAGAAAGAGAAGAAGGAAAAGGAGAAAAAGGAAAACAAGAAGAAGGAGAAGGAGAAGAGAAGAAGAUGAAAGGGAAAAAGGAAGUUGGUGCCAGAUCCACCACUCACCAGAAAAAAACAACCAGUCGAUCAGUGCAGAAGCAAUAAUUAUUUUGCACAAACCCAUGUGUCAGUUUAUCUUUUGAUUCUAUUAAUAUGUUAAGAUCUACAGUAAAUUCAUACAGCAACU